CCUCGUCGGCUCGUCGCGUGCGCGCCCUCUCCCAUGGCGGACUGCUUCCCGCCCGAGGCCGACGACCUCCACCGCCGCUGGCUGCCCCGGGAGAUCUUCGCUGACAUUGGGAUCGUCGACACCGAGGCCGCCUCUGACGCCCCGACCGAGGCCGACGCCGUCGGUGUCGAGGAGCUCGCGGCGCAACUCGCCGGCAUCCUCGGCGGCGGGAGCAAGGUAUGCCCGCUUGCCCCUCCGCCGCCGCCGCCGACCCCGGCGCCGUCCGUUGCCGCCCCUCGCCACGGCGCGCAGGUCUGCGGGCUGGAAGGGAGCGUCGCGGUGACCUGCGGCGGGACCAAUGCCGCCGGCGGCGGCGCGGCGGUGUCGUGGCCGUUCGUGCCGUACCCGUCGGCCCACUGGCAGGGCGCGAGCAACCUGAUGAACCUGGGCGGCGUGCUGGACUACUACUACUCGGCGUUCCCCCCGGCGCCGCCCUGCCCCGUCCCGCCGCCGGCGAACCUUCGCGGCGGUACGGGCGUGUUCAUCCCGCGCACCGCGUGCACUCUCCUCCCGACCUCGGCCAAAGGCGGGAUAGCGACAAGGGCGUGGCCUGGGACUGGCAGGCCGGCAACGGGGUGGAAGCAGGAAUGGCAGCAGAACGAGACGACUCCCCAGAAGCCGCUGCCGCUGCCGAAGACACCACAGGAGGAGAAGGCGACUGGCGCGGCGCUGCAGGCCUGCCCACCGCGCCCAGAGCUGGCGCUGCCCCAGGAUUGGAGCUACCGCUGAUGGAGGCGCGUGCCGUGGCUGCAUGGAUGGUGGCGAACAAGCAUUCCUAGCAGUAGAUGUUGUUGUAGUGGCAGGAACC